AAAGUUCCCUGCAUACCACUCAUAUCUUCUUCAACGUUGAAAUAAACAAAUCAUCGAACCAUGGAAGAUCAAGUGGUUCCGGCUCUCAGAAGAGUUGCAGAAAUCGGAACUUUGUACGAUGCAAAAACAGACAGAUUUCUGAAUGCUUCAGUUUUAUCUCGAGGUCCGUCGGAUAAUUAUGUGUCAACAAAGCAAACUCCUCAGACAGAUAUCACCAUCUCGAGAUGUGCUUCGUAUGGAGAUGUAUUUAAAGAUCUCCAUAUCGACGACGCCACUGCGGUCAAUAUUCUUUCUGGAAUUAUUGAGCUCCAAGGCGCUGCAGUCUUUCUUCGUGACUUUGUGCCAAGCAAUGGAGGGCGUGCCGCUAUUAUCCAUCAAUUCUCAACCGUGGUGCAGACACUGGUCAAUUUAACCGAAGCCUUCCACUCGAGCGGUGGUUCAGCUCCUUUGCAGACCAGCGACUGCACUCAUGUGGUGAUUGGAAUCAAGUGGGGAUUACGGACAAUCGUCGCAGCUUGUUGUCCCACGUCCAGCACAUCAGGACUGUCUGAAGGCGAAGAGGCGACUUUUAAUCGGGACCUGGAGGUUUUAACAUCUUCCAUUGAGGCUGGCUACAUCACACCGCAGUCACCAUCGACAGUGAGCCAUGAAAUGGAAUUUUGCAAUAACCUCCUUUUAUACAGCGACGUGUUUGAAAAAGAAGGUCUGGUAAUGCAGGAUGUGGCUGAAGUAUGCGAUUUCAUUCGCAUUGUGCCAGACCAUAUCCGACAAGAAAGCGGCGGAAAGGGAUGGCCAAUCGAAUACACCAUGAUUCCUGUCAAUAUGCUUUCGUAUAUUCUGCCUUCUCCCCAGGUGUUUCGGUACAACUUGAGACCGGUCAGAAUGGAUCAUCUUACCAAUUUCAUACACUUCUUCGACGAUUUAGAAACUGCCAUUGUUGCGCUUCAAAACUACUAUGCCUAUCUGGCGAGUCAUUUCAUGCAUGUAUCCAAAGAGCAUAUCAAUGAGGUCUCACAAUCCAUCAACCACUUGGAUGAGGCUAAGAAGUGGGCAUCUAAUGAGCUUUUCCACGUCUUGCUGGGUGUGCGACAGGGGAAGAAAGACCAUUCAUUGCUAUUGGAUUUGUAUCGCCAUAUUGUCUCGAAAAAUCCUCCACCAAAGCAAGUCUCUACUAUUGUCGGGCGAGAAACUGACAAACUCGAAUUCAUCGCCAGUGCCGUUGCUCAGGGCUCACACUACAUCGGCCACAAUGGGCUUUCCCUCGAGAUGGUAAAAAAGGCCCACAAAGAUACUAGCUACUAUAUCUUUCACUUUGAUUCCGUCGCAAUGGACCAGAAACAGGAAUGGAAUGACAAUUUUACCCUACUUCUGGAGUUACUUGGCCAACGAGAUGAGCGGAUGCCUGUCUACAUCAUGGACCAUGACGCAACAGACUCCCAUAUGUGUCAAGGAAUGUCACGCAUUGCUCAGUACAAGGGCGAAAAAGAGAGUAUCUUUGAUUUGCUCGGACACCGCCAAUUUAUCGCUUCAAUGUGCUUCGCUCAAUGCUCUGCCGGCAAUCUGGAUAAGAGCAAUGACCAACGACCAGUCAAAAGGCGUAUUGUUAAGAUACCCUGCCCGAGCCCGGGGUGCAAUUCAGGUCAUUUAGAAUGGACCUGCCCACAAUGCUUCGCAGCAAUCGAAUACGGAUACAGUGACGACUUUUUCUAUUGUGAUUGCGGCCGUGGUCUCUUCAGCACUUAUGAGUUUAAGUGCAAUAACCCCAAGCAUGGGGCUGACUACAAGACAUACGAGGUGGACGAGCUUCGCAAGCUUUUGGGCCAAUUGAGCGAGGACAACUACAUCAAUAUUCUCAUCCUUGGAGAGACUGGAGUGGGAAAGUCGACAUUCAUCAACGCUUUUGUCAACUAUCUAACUUAUUCUACAUUGGAUGAAGCAAAAGAAGCCGACAAGCUCGAGUCUGUCAUUCCUUGCUCGUUCUCUCUCCAAACCAUGGAUAGGGAGAAUACAGCAACAGACAUUCAGGUACACAACGUCAAAAUUGGUGGGCGUGAUGAUGAAGCAGAUGGAUCGACGGGGAACUCGGCAACGCAAAAAUCGGUUGUUCAUUCGGUCAUGAUUGGAGCAAGAACUUAUCGAUUGAUCGAUACACCCGGCAUUGGAGAUACCAGAGGUCAAUCCUAUGAUAAAGAAAAUAUGGCUGAUAUUCUCCAAACGAUUAGCCCCUAUGACAAACUGCACGGUAUCUUGGUGCUGGUCAAGUCCAACAAUGCACGCCUCACCAUCACAUUCAAAUACUGCGUCAAAGAACUCCUCACUCAUCUUCACCGCAGUGCGGCCAAGAAUAUGGCUUUUGGCUUCACUAACACCCGCAUUUCCAACUAUACGCCGGGUGACACGUUCAAGCCCCUCAAAGCUUUGCUCGAUGGACAUGCCGAUAUACCCAUCACGCUCUCGACGUCAACUACGUAUUGUUUCGACUCGGAGAGCUUCCGAUACCUUGCAGCAUAUAAGCAGGGCAUUCCGAUGGCCAACGAAGAAGAUUUCCGUCGAAGCUGGGAACACUCGAGCAAAGAGACGCAUAGACUUCUAAACUACUUUGCAUCAACUCCGCCUCAUCCCGUCACCAGCACGUCAAGCUUGAACGGAGCACGCAAGUUGAUAAUGGAGCUGACGAAACCCAUGGCCACCAUCUCGGAGUCUAUCCGGAAGAACAUUCAACUGUGCGAAAAUAAGAGGGCUGAGCUGAAUGACACGCAGCUGACGGCUAGCAAUCUUCGCAAGAAGUUGCGCUUGGAGAAAAUCCAGUUCAAGGCUACCAAGUUGAACAGGCCUCGCACGGUUUGCAAGAAUCCCGACUGCUGUGACUUUAAAGAUAGUGGCCUUGAUGACGGAGUGGUUGUCACUAUCUACAAAACGCACUGCCAUCCUGUGUGCUCUCUUAACAAUGUCAAGGAAGAUGUCGUCGCCGAUCCUGGUCUCAUCAACUGUGCAGCUUUUCGUCGUACAAGUAAUUGCUUGCGUUGCCGCCACCGCUGGCAAGAGCACCUACACAUCCUCUAUGAACUAUCAGAGGUCAAAGUCCAGGUUGUAGAUACCGAGAUAGAAAGGCAGUUGAAGGCCAAGGUUGACGACUUGACGCUGCGUCAGACACUCCUCGCCCGAUUGGACCGGGAUAUCAAGGAGUACAACGAGGAGCUCGACGAGAUUCGACGUGCUGCUGCUCGCUUCUGUCUUUUCUUGAGACAAAACUCCAUCUCCGUCAUCAACGAUGCCACGCUGGAUUACCUUGACCUGCUCAUCCAGGACGAGACCGGUGUCAUCGAAGCUGGCCGACAGCGAGGCCUUUCCAUGGACCCAAAUAAGAAGCGGCUCCAGGCACUGAAAGAUGACAGACAGAUUCAUCUGGAACUGGUUGAAACUUUCAAGCAGAACAUUGAUGAUCCUGCCUGCCCCGAAGACACGUUGCUGGACCAGCGAGGAGUCGGCGCGUUGGUGGAGAAGCUGUAUCAGUUGAAGCAUUUUGGGGAGAACUUGGAGCACAUCAACAUCGAAGAAGAAACAUGAUCAUCGGUCAUCUUAUUCGGUUGAUGGGGAUGACAGAGCGAGAACAGAGAAAAGUGGUGAGGGUUUAAGACCCAUGAAGGGUCCUGCGAAUGCGUCACAAAAAGUUACUUAUGCUGAAGUGGCCGGAUCGGGUUAUUCUCACCAACACUCAUCGAAGUCGUUGCUUGAUCGCUUUCUACCCUGGAAAAGGUAGAGGGAAUAGAGGCAUUACUAUCAUUGUAAGGAUAAUAUCUAGCUAGAUUGGUAGACGUAGCGCAGAUUCAACGAGUUUAUCAUAAACAUCAUACAUGGAAAUCGUAUUUAUAU